AUGUAUUCAGUUGCUUUUCUCAUUUUAUGUUUAUCAUUUCCUGUCAUCGUCCGCAGUGACUACAACUGUACAACCCCAAAUACACUUAUAACUUUUGAUGAUUUACCUGCAAUAUCUGGUUACGCUUGGAUACCAAACAACUAUUUCGAUUUAGUUUGGUCUAAUGUCGCUUACAUGUUUAUUCCCUAUUUCAACUUACAAAACGGUGAUCAUACAGCUCUUUCAACUGGCUUAUAUGCCGCUUACAAUGUGGAUGGAAGCCCCAUGACCAUUAGUUCUCCAGCAACUUCUUAUGCUUUUAAUAUAAACUCAUUUGUUGCAGUGGCUUUCUCUAGGAAUAAUUUAAUUUUAUCAGUGGAUGGAAAGCUGGAUGGGACAACAAUUUAUCAACAAACAGUGAUACUCCAGACGAAUGUUUCUUCGUUUAUAGUAUUAAACUGGACUUAUAUUGACACCAUUAGUUUCACUACUUCGGGCGGAAUUAUUAAUCCUAUGUUUUCUGGACAAGAGAACGACACAAACUUUGCUAUGGAUAAUUUAUGCGUCGAUAUAAGUUCAUUUUAUACACCAACACUUUAUCCAAUUACAACCACUCCAUGGACCAUAGUAUUGCCAUCUGAUGUUAGAUAUUCUCCAACUUCGCUCAUAGUUGUUGGAGCUGUACUUGGUGGCAUAAUUAUAGCACUCAUCAUUGGAAUAUAUCUAUGGUUUACCAUUCGUUGGUGCCGCGCCUCUUAA